AAAAGCAACACGACUAUAUGCUCCAAAACAACAAACCUUACACAAUAGGCCAAUUUCUUUUCUUUUUUGCACUCAACAAAUGGGGAAUUGUAUAGUUCUUCAAGAAAAAAUUGUAAAAGUGAUUAAAAAAAAUGGGCAAAUUCUUGAAUACAAAGCUCCUAUUAAAGUCCAUCAAGUGUUAUCACAAUUUUCUGGCCAUGUAAUAUCUAAUUCCCUUCAAGCCAUUGAUAAUCAACAUCUUCAGCCAGAUGAUAACAUGCUAGGUGGCCAGAUUUAUUAUCUUUUGCCUCAAUUACCAGUGCAGCCUCCUCCAAAAUCAGCCAAAAAGAAGGUCAAGUUUGCAAAUGAUCAAUUGGUUGAAGAAGUUGAGCAAAAGACAGAGGUUGUUAGGAUUAAAAUUGUCAUCACCAAGAGAGAGUUGCAAGAAUUGUUGAGUAGUGAAGAUGGAUUAAUCAAAGUUGAUGAUAUCAAGAGUACUACUAUUGUUGAUGAAAGUACAACUAAUGGUAUAGGAUGGAAGCCAGUCCUUGAUAUUAUACCUGAACUUGACUAGCACAACAGUG